ACAGUAUUCCACAGUCUCAUAGUGGAACUAUCCCCACUCCUUUAAGGCUCACUCCAGUAUAUUAUGACUCCUGCACGCAGGACGCGAUAACGCUUGCCGCGCGACCACGCGCGACAAGAAACGAUGUGGUAGCCAAUCAAUGUUUCGCUCUUAUGGAAAAGUUUAUUGACUACCGCGUGCCUUUUGCCGCGUCCUGUGUGCAGGAGCCGUUACAGAGUUCAAUUGUGUUAUCAGAGUAAAUCUAGUGGCAAAUUUAAUUUAACGAUGAAUAAGAACAGUGUAGCAAUUAUUAAGAAUUAUGAAAGUUAUUUCUAUUUCUUUGCAUGGUCAUGUUCCGUUGCUUAUUCUGUAUAUCAACUAUAUUUGUCAACUAGUUAUUUCGAUAAUUAUUACGAUAAAUACAGUGAUUUUAAUCCAGGAUGGACUUGGAUUGGAAAAAAACAAGAUAUUGCGGAUCAUGAGUGGCGUGUAUGGCUUGCAUUAGUUAACAAACUGGUGCCAUGUGUUCUCAUACAUCAUUUUAUCAGUCAGAUUAUAAAAGUCACAAGCAACAAUAUAAUACUAUGCAGCUGGUAUAUUUUGUCAUCUUCAGUUUUUAUUUUUUAUUAUUUGGGAAUAUGGAGUGUUGUAUUGUGUAUAGUGCAGCCUAGUCUUUUACAUAUAUUAACUUGCAUAUACAGCAAGAGUAAAGCAUGGAUUAUACAUGUCUCCUUCCUAUUUGCAAUACAUAUUUUAAAAACCCCUGAUGGCAUCUUUCAAAGAUGGCUAGAACUCAAUGAUGACCAACAUUAUAUUUUGACAAUUACAUUGUGUUGGAUACAUUUAAGAAGUAUCAGUCAUAAUAUGGAUACUAUUGAUGACCAAUAUCGUACUACAAAUAGUUUUGUUCAAAAAUUAGCUUAUUGUUUGUAUUUGCCCACAUUAUUUUAUGGACCACUUAUUUUGUAUCAUGAAUUUGUGGAUUCUAUUAAUAAAUCACAUCAAUAUUGGAAUUACCAAAAAUUGCAAACUUUUACAAUAAACCUAAUUAGAUAUAUGUUUUGGUUAUACUUGACUGAAUUGUUGCUACACUUUAUUUAUGUCAAUGCUGUACAAUAUCAUCCACAGGUGGUGCGAAAUUUAAAUCCUUGGGCACUAUAUGGUUUCGGCUAUUGCAUGGGACAAUUUUUUUUAAAUAAAUAUGUAGUAAUUUAUGGAACUUGCAGUACUUUAUGUAACUUGGAUGAUAUGAAAGCUCCACCCCAACCUAAAUGUAUAGCUAGGAUUUAUUUAUAUUCUGACAUGUGGAAAUAUUUUGAUAGAGGAUUAUACAAGUUUCUUGUAAAAUAUAUUUAUAUUCCUACACGAAGAUCAGAUGGAGGUUUUGGAAAACUAUUUUCAUCAUUUUUGUGCUUUACAUUUGUCCUUAUUUGGCACGGAAUGCAAACGAGUAUUUUUAUAUGGGCGCUGCUCAAUUUUAUAGGAGUUACAAUCGAAGAUAUAGGAGUAUCAAUUAGUAAAACCGAACAAUAUCAUAAAAUACAAAAUACAUAUUUAUCAUCAAGAAAUUCAAAAAGACUUCAUUGUAUAUUAGCAAGUCCUCUGUUAGCAAUGUCAGCCAUAUCUAAUUUUUAUUUUUUUGGAGGUCAAGAAAUUGGAAAUAUUUUUCUACGAAAUGUACUAUAUGGAUCCUGGAAAGCAUUAUUUAUUUUGCUAUUGUUUCUUUAUUGUGCCUGCCAAGUUUCUCUAGAUGUUAAAAACUGGGAAUUGCGCCGUGUUAAAAAAUAAUGUCAUCAGUAUAAAAUUGUGAUAUAUAUUUUUAAGAAAGAUAAAAGUUAACUUUUAAGUUUUAUGUACUUGAUCAUGUCAUUAAUCUUUAAAUAACUAAUUUAUUAAUUAGUGUUAAUUUAUUAAUUUA